AUGGCCAGCCGCCCGCCGGCGCCAAUGCCGGACACGCUCUCCGACGCCUUCGCCGCCGCCGUGCUCCUCUCCUCCAACGACAAGCCCGACACGCUCCCGCCGGGCCGCCUCUCGCCCGUCUCCCCGCUCCCUCACUCCUCCUCCAAGCACCACCACCACCACCACACCCCGAGCUCCUCCUCGGGCUCCUCCGGCUCCGUCUCCCGGGCGCCCGCCUUCGCCUCGCGCCGGAGCCACUCCGGGGAGAUCCCGCUCCCCUCCGACGGGCCCCCGCGGGGCGCGCGCCCGGGCCACCGCCGCACCGGCUCCGGCCCCCUCAUCUUCACCUCCGGCUCCACCUCCAGCUCCGCCACCUCGCCGCUCACCAACGCGCUCCCCGCGGGGAACAUCUGCCCCACCGUCCGCCUCGCCAAGCCGCUGCCUUCCUUCUCCGCGGCCUCCACCCCGCCGCCCCCGGCCCCUCCCCGCGCCAUCCGCCACGACGUGCUCGGCUCCGGCACCGGCAACUACGGCCACGGGAGCAUCAUGCGCUCGCGCAGCGGCGGCGUCGCCCCCGAGGAGGACGCCAACGUCAGGCGGGCCAUGUCCAGCGCCGACCCGGAGGAGCUCAAGAGGGCCGGGAACGAGCAGUACAAGAAGGGCUACUUCGAGGAGGCGCUCAGGCUCUACGACCGCGCGCUCGCCCUCUGCCCGGACAAUGCUGCAUGCCGGGGCAACCGGGCCGCCGCGCUCACGGGGCUCCGCCGCUUCGGCGACGCCAUCAAGGAGUGCGAGGAGGCCGUGCGGAUCGAUCCGUUGUACGGACGCGCGCACCAACGGCUCGCCUCGCUCCACAUAAGGUUGGGACACCUUGAGGAUGCCCAGAGGCACCUUUCCCUGGCAACCCCACAGCCUGACCUCCUAGAGCUGCACAAAUUACAAACAGUGGAAAAGCACCUGGGCAGAUGCCUCGAUUCGCGGAAGGUCGGGGACUGGAAGAAUGUGCUUAGGGAAUGUGAUGCCGCCAUUGCGGCUGGAGCUGACUCAUCUGCUCUGCUCUUUGCCGCACGAGCAGAGGCUCUUCUCCGGCUCAAUCAGCUCGAUGAGGCUGAUAUGGCCAUCUCCAGUGCUUCCAAAUUGGAUUAUUCAUCUUCCUGCAUCUCAGACACUAAAUUCUGUGGCUUCUUUGCCAAUGCAUAUCUCUAUUACGCACAUGCCCAAGUUGACAUCGCAUUGGGAAGGUUCGAUCAUGCUGUCUCUUCAGCUGACAAGGCCCGAAUAAUAGACCCAAGAAAUGUGGAAGUGAUAACAAUGCAUACCAAUGUGAAAGCUGUAGCAAGAGCACGAUCUCUAGGGAACGAGCUAUUUAAAUCUGGAAAACUUUCAGAAGCUUGCAUAGCUUAUGGCGAAGGGCUCAAACAUCACCCUGUAAAUCCAGUCCUUCACUGCAACAGGGCAGCUUGCAGGUUCAAGCUAGGGCAGUGGGAGAAGUCUAUUGAGGAUUGUAAUGAAGCCCUCAUGAUUCAACCCAACUAUACCAAGGCUCUGCUGAGGCGUGCAGCUUCCUAUGUCAAGAUGGAGCGAUGGGCUGAAUCAUUGAAGGAUUAUGAGGUUCUCAGAAGGGAACUCCCAGGUGACACUGAGGUUGCUGAGGCCUAUUUCCAUGCUCAGGUUGCCCUCAAGUCGUCUCAGGGUGAGGAGGUAUCUAACUUGAAGUUUGGAGGAGAGGUUGAAGCAGUUACAGGAAUGGAACAAUUCCAGAUGGCUACUUCCUUGCCAGGUGUUUCGGUUGUCCAUUUCAUGACUCAUUCGAAUCAGCAGUGCUGCAAAAUUUCCCCAUUUGUCAAUGCACUGUGUACCAAAUACCCAUCUGUUAAUUUCCUCAAGGUGGAUGUAAAUGAGAGCCCUGCCGUUGCGCGCGCAGAGAAUGUGAGGACAGUUCCAACAUUCAAAAUCUACAAGAACGCCAUAAGAGUGAAGGAGAUGAUCUGCCCCAGCCAACAGCUGCUGGAGUAUUCAGUGAGGCAUUACGGGACUUAG